AUGAGUAACCACGGAUCCCAUUCUGACGAGGAAAGAGCUGAGCCAGUCUGGCACCAUGCACAGGAAUGGCUGGAGGAAGACGACGAUUUAGAUAUGGAUUACCAGCCAGCUCUGGAAGGCUCAGACGAGGAUGAAGGAUGGGAAGAAGAUGCAGAGCCGGAGGAUGAGGCGCCGGUCCUCGCCAUAUCAGAAGAGAACCCUCGCAUUGAAAUUGGAAAUAUUCAGAUUGAGUUAACAGCGGAUGAUCCGGUUGUCGGAGCAGACAAUGGGUGGCCUACGCGCAUUCCCGCAGCACGGUUGUUCGAAUUACUUGCAUCUAGCGGCCUGCAAAAUAUCCUUGACGCUCAUGGAUUAUCAGCGAACCAGUUCGAGGCCGAUUCUGAGGUCUAUUCCGAGGAAGAGGAAUCCGAUGGCAAUGGCACUUAUAUGGACACCAUGAGACAUCGUCUGCUAGGGAGACAACGCGGCCGAACGGAUAAGUUCCCGAAGAUUCCCAGUGAUGAGGGAGUUGAAUUAAUGGGCGAGGGUCAAUUCGGCACGGAUCCGUACUUCGUCGAUCGCCUUAAGAAGCGCAAGAAUGUGUUUGCGAAAAACCUCAUGUGGCGAGAGCUUGGUGUGGACUCAUACGGAGUGCGCAGGAGAGCUGACAGGUCACUAGCUCAGCAAAUGAUUCCGGGCUCCGCCGCCGAUAAAAUUAUUCAUUUCGAUUCUCGAAGUUAUUCGGGCCAGUUUUCCGACGAUGGCAAUUUCUUUUUCUGCUGCGCGCAAGACUUCAAAGUUCGCAUGUACGAUACAUCUAAUCCACACGAGUGGAAGUACUAUAAGACCGUCGACUAUCCGUUUGGCCAAUGGACUAUCACCGAUGCUACGCUGAGUCCGGAUAACCGCCAUCUUGUUUACAGUUCUAUACGCAGCCAGGCAUACCUAGCAACGACAGAUCCUGAGGAUGAUUCAGAUCCAACAGUAUUGGAUUUUGGGCUAUCGCCAGGUCAACGUCGGCGACGAAGUUGGGGUAGCUCGCACUUUGGUAUAUGGUCUCUUCGUUAUUCGGGAGACGGGCGAGAAGUUGUGGCAGGCACAUCCGAGAAUACAGUCAUUGUCUAUGAUCUCGAAACUAAACAACCAGUUCUUAACAUACGCGACCGCCACCACGACCAUGUAAAUGCAGUCUGUUUUGGCGACACAUCAUCCCCUCAUAUUCUCUAUUCGGGAUCCGAUGACACUACCUUGCGAGUCUGGGACCGUCGCUCAAUGGGCGAUGGUCGCGAGGCGGGUGUAUUUAUGGGUCAUACCGAGGGCCUGACAUACGUUGACAGCAAGGGUGAUGGUCGAUACGUUCUUUCUAAUGGCAAGGACCAAACUAUGAAGCUUUGGGAUUUACGAAAGAUGAUGACAACGGCCAAAUUCGAAACCGUUGACCCUAGCGAUUACACUACUGCUUUUGAUUACCGCUUUCACCCAUACCCACAUGAUUAUUAUGAGCCACAUGAGCAUGACUGUUCAGUUGUUACGUUCCGCGGCCACCGUGUCCUUAGAACUCUCAUUCGUUGUCAUUUCUCGCCACCCGGAAGCACAAACUCACGCUAUGUAUAUACAGGCAGUGAAGACGGUAAGGUCUACGUGUACAAUAUGGAUGCCACUCUGGCUGGAACUAUCGAUGUCGGGAAGGCGACCCUGAAUUCCCGGCCCCGCGAGCCGGAUGUAUUUGCAACAGAAUAUGAAAUGAGUGGAGACAUGCUGUGGAGGACAUGUGUUCGGGAUGCAAGUUGGCACCCGAAUGCACCAGUCCUUGCUGCAACCUCGUGGAAUGGAUGGGGCCUCGCGAGUGGCACUUGCACAGUUCAUUCAUGGAAUGACGGUGCAGAUAAUGAUGAAGGAGAGCCACCCAUUGGCAAGAGCUACGACGACAAGUUGAGAUUUGUCCCUUCUUUCAAUAAUUUCCAGGAAAACGCGCCUCCCGUUCGCUCGAGGCGACCAUUACGCAGCCGGCCUGUGCCCCGAUUAGUUGUAGAUGAUGAACACGAGGAUGAGGCAUGGUGA